AUGAAAAAAGUAGAACUUGCUAUAAAUAAAUUAUAAUAUUAACCAAUUAAUGAUGAAAAUCAUGAAGAUAUUUAAAUAGAUGGGAAAUAUUAUGAAAAUAUUAGAUAAUUUGAUUAAUAAGGUUGUUAAAUAAUUAAUUUUAUUGGUUAUUCAUCAGAUAAUCUAAUGUAAGAGAUAAUAAUAUAAACAUACUAAGAAUUGAAGAAUGAUCAUUUAAAAGUCUUGGAAUAAAUUAGAAAAUAUUAAAAUCAAAAAGAACCUAAAUGUCAACAUAUUAUUUAUAUAAUUGGAUUACAGGAUAAAAUUAUAAUCAGUCAAUUACAUAAUGAACCUAAAACAUGUGUUGUUAUUGAAAAAGGAUAAUAUAAUCUCUUAAAUUUGUUUGAUUAGAUUAAAUCUAUCCAUAAUAUUUAGAAAUUAAAGCUAUUUGAAUAAGUAAAUAAAAUAAUUAAUUGAGAUGGUGUAAGGAGUGAAAGAAUUAUAAGAUUUAGGAUAUUUCCAUAGAUAUCUAUAACCAAAUAACUUUGUGUUUUUUGAAAAUUAAAAUAAAGAAUAUAAAAUUAAAUUAAUAGAUUUUGGUUUAGUAAUUAAUAAUAAUUAAACAAAUAAAACAUCUCAAAAUGAUAAUUAUAAUUAUAUGGCACCUGAAGUUGUGAAAUGUGAUUCUAAAUUUGAUAAGACUGCAGAUAUUUGGAGUCUUGGAAUAAUUUUAUAUAAAAUUCUUACUAAAGAAGAUUUGAUUCAAGGUUUUUAUAAUUUAUUAAUAUUUAGCUAAAAAUCGUCAAGAAUAGAAAAAUUAAUUAUGUAAAUUAACUUAAGAAUGGAUAGAUGAGUAUAUUAUUAAAACAAAGGAUUUGAAAUUAUUUGAGUAAAAAUUAAUAAAAAGCAUGCUACAAAUAAAAAAUACUGAAAGAAUUCGAUUAGAAAAUUUGCUGAAGGAAAUUAAUUUACAAUUAAUUGAAUAAUAGAAGCUUGAUUCUUAAUAAAAGAAGGAGAAAAAAUAAUAAUAAGUUUAAGGAUAAGAUUAUGUUUAAGAUAUUAAAACAUAGUAAUUAAAUCAAUUGACUGAAUAAAUCAAUACUCAAUCAGUUUUUGAACAUUAAAAAUAAAUUAAUAAUUAAUAAGAGAUAUCUACAUCUAUAAAUUAAAUAUAUGAAAAAGAAAUAAAUAUAAUAAAUGAUCAUUUAGGAAAAGUUUAAAAUAAGUUAAAUUAUCUAAAAUAAUUAUUAAAUUAAAAAAUAAUUGAAAAUUAUUAACAUAUCCAAGAAAAUUAUGAUUAAAUUUAAAAAUUUUUACAAGAUUUUUUCAAAUCAUAUAAUGAGUUGUAUUAAUAAAUGUAAAAUUCAAUGAAGGAUACUAAACCAAAAAUUGAUCAAAAUUAAUCUUAAUCAAAAAGUCAAUAUUAAAAUUUAUAAUAUAUCAAUGAAUUAACAUCCUUCUAUAAUGGUGAUAAUUAAACAGGUAUGUAAUUAUUGUAGGAAAAAUAAAUAAUAGAAGAAUAAAUAAUUAAAAAAAUAUAAAUUGAUGGCAUCAGUGAAUAAGAAAGAAAAUUUUAACAAUUAAAAAAUCCGUUAUAAAAUUGUUUCAUACAAUUUCAAAAAGCUUAAUAAUAUUUUAAACUUGCAUGUGAAGAUAUUGGAUGUUAUUCAUAAAUGAUUGAUAAACGAAAAAAUAUGGAAUAAUAACUUUAAGAAAAAAUAAAAACUUUAGAAGAAUAUCAUAAAAUUUAUUUAAAAAAUAUGGAAUUAUUUUAGAAAGAAUUUGAUUAAUUUGGAAAAAAAGGAAUAUCAUAAUAAUAAUAUGAAGAUAUUGUUAGGAAAUAACAAUAAAUUUGUGAGUAAAAAGGUACAGAAUUAUGUUAAGUUUUAAAUAUUGUAAAAAAGAAGUAAAAUGAAUUAAUAUUUAUGCCUUUAACAAAUCCAAUUAACAUUUAUGAAGAGCUGAAAAGGCAAGAAGAUAAUUUUACAAAUAAAUUAAAUUAAAUUAACCAAAUCAAAUUUGAUUAAUUAAUAAACCCAUCUUCAUUUAAUAGAUUAAAAUAAUAAAUAUUAGAAUUAACUUCUAAAAUUGAUGAAUCUAUAAAGAACAUUCCAUAGAAUAAUUAAAUAUAAGAACUUAAUAACAUAUAUAAACAAUACAAAGAAUAAUAUAAUAUACUAUUUGGUUUAGUUAAUUACAUUAAGUACUAUCACUUAAAACGAUAUGAUGAAAGAAUCAAAAAAGGUUAAGUUAAUUAGUAAGUAGUCUUAAACUAAGAGCUAGAAGUUUAAGAUAUAUUUUAGAGAUAUCUCAAUUUUUAAUUUCAUGAUGGAAAUAAAAUUUUAAUUGAAACAUUGAUAUAAGAUCAAGAAUAAAUAAAUAAAUAGAUGAAUCAAAAAGAAGAUUUCUUAAAAUCAGUUAAUUUAAAUACAUUUACAUAAUAGAUGUAAGAUGAAUAAAUAAUAAAUGAGAUUUUCAACAUCAAAAAAUACUAUAAAAUAAUAAAAUUUGCAUAAAUGCAUAUUUUAUAUAUCAUUAUGAAAUUAAAUCAACAUUUAUUGUGA